CGACAGCCUCCCUCACCACCUCACUGCCUCCCAACUCCUCGCCUCACUGCCGAGUUUCCCAGUCGAAGAUGUCCAACGCCCACGGCGGAGCCAUGGACGCCCGCAGCGGCUACUGCGCAACGACCAAGUCAUUCCGCAGCCUCCGCCCGCCGCUGCCGCUGCCGCCGGCGGACGCCCCGCUCACAUUCCCGUCCUUCGCGCUGUCGCUGCUGCCGUCCCCUCUCCCUGCCCACCCCGCGCUCCUCGACGCCGCCACCGGCGAGGCCGUCUCCUACCCGGCCUUCCUGUCCCAGGUGCGCGCGCUCGCGGCCGCCCUGCGCUCGCGCGCGCUCCCGCUCCCGCUCGGCCACGGCGACGUCGCCUUCGUCCUCGCCCCCUCGCGCCUCGACGUGCCCGUGCUCUACCUCGCGCUCCUCGCCGUCGGCGUCGCCGUGUCCCCGGCCAACCCGGCCCUCACCGCCGGCGAGCUGUCCCGCCUCGUCUCCCUGUCCGGCGCGUCCGUCGCCUUCGCGGUCUCCUCCACCGCCGCCAAGCUCCCCGCCGGCCUCCCCACCGUCCUCCUCGACUCCCCGUGCUUCCGCUCCCUCUUGCGCCACAACGAGGACCGAGGGGAGAACGAGUCGGCGCCCCCGCUCGACGCCGGCGCGGUGCACCAGUCCGCGACAGCGGCCAUCCAGUACUCCUCCGGCACGUCGGGGCGGGUGAAGGCGGUGGCGCUGUCGCACCGGAGCCUCAUAGCGAUGGCGGCGGGGCUGCACGCCCAGCACGUGAGGUCGAGGAAGGGCGUCGAGAGGAAUCUGAUGAGCGCUCCCAUGUUCCACUCCAUGGGCUUCUCGUCCGUGCUGAACGGGCUGGCGCAGGGGCGGACGAUGGUUGUGAUGACGGACGCGGCCGCGCGGGCAGGACUGAGGGGGAUGCUGGAGGCGGCGGAGCGGUGGGAGGUCACGGAGAUAACGGCGGCGCCUCCCAUGGUGCUGGCGAUGACCAGAGACAGGUACCGGCUGAAGAGCCUGGUGCGGGUGGUCUGCGGCGGAGCCCCUCUGCCGACGCCGGUGGCGGAGCAGUUCCGUCGGCGCUUCCCUCACGUGGAUCUACGCACGGGUUAUGGCUCAACAGAGGCUGGGGCAGUAUCCUUGAUGGUCGACCGGGACGAGUGCUCCCACCUAGGCUCCGCUGGCCGCAUCAACCACAACGUCGAGGCGAAGAUCGUCGACAUCGUCACCGGCGAGCCCUUGUCCGUCGGGCAGAAAGGGGAGCUGUGUUUGAGAAGUCCUUCCACCAUGACAGGCUAUGUAGGCGACGACGAGGCGAACGCGGCCGCUUUCGAUUCGGAAGGCUGGCUGAAGACCGGCGACCUUUGCUACAUUGAUGAGGAUGGGUUUCUGUUCGUCGUGGAUAGGCUCAAGGAGCUCAUCAAGUACAAGGCCUAUCAGGUCGCGCCUGUAGAGCUGGAGCUUAUCCUUCAGUCGUUGCCAGAAAUUGUUGAUGCUGCAGUUAUGCCAUAUCCUCACGAAGAGGCGGGAGAGAUACCCAUGGCGCUCGUGGUGAGGCAACCCGGGAGCAAGAUCACUGAGACACAAGUCAUGGAGCAUGUGGCGAAGCAGGUGGCGCCGUACAAGAAGGUCCGCAAGGUGCUCUUCAUCGACUCCAUACCCAGAUCGCCGGCCGGGAAGAUCUUGAGGAGGCAGCUGUCGAGCCAUCUGUCCAGAAUGUGAUCAAGCUUGUGAGACCAUCUGUGAGAUCCUCGUCCGUAUUCGUUGCAAUGGGCAAAAAGAAGACUUAUAAUAUCGACAGCAACUAUGGUGUGGACUGUGGAGUGCUCAAUGUUAAUGUUCAAACCUUGUUGUGCCCUCUUGGAACAUGUCGCCGAAGCAUUUUAUUUUUCUUCCG